CACACACGCACACACACACACACACACACACACACAAACACACACACACACACACACACAAACAUGAAUGUGGGGUUUAUUGAGAGACUGUAAUACGAUCGGAAUAGCUUUUGAAUGGCAUUGGUCAAAUAAAAUUAAGCACUAAGGAAAACACAUUCUUUCACCUUGCCAUCAAAAAGCACCGUCCCAUUGUGUCUGAACAAUUGUGUGGAUUGUCUUAAAUUGACUGUGGAGUGACUUCAGCAAGACUCGGGUGGUCAUUUGCAAUGUAAGACACGCUCUCCUCCACCCUCCCGUACCCCCGCCCCCCCCCCCCCUCUCUUUCUCUCUCCCUCUCUGCGGUUGUGCUGCUGAUACACGAACAAUGUGGCCUUUCUUACCUGUUGAAGGUGUACAUUCCAACCUUACUAAACCAAGUUAGAAAACAGCACCCCCCUCCUCCGCACGGGCCGGCACAGCAAUCCCAGAUUUAACUCCAGGUGCGCCUGAUCACAGCGUCUGUGUUCAAACCACAUCCUCACAGUGGAUUUCCUUUACACGAUUACCUCAGGUAAUUUUUCCUUUCAUGAAACACACGAGGAAAUGCAUUUGUGCAUCUGAUAAGCACAAUAUUUUAGGACACGCACACAGAGACCAUAGAUCCGGACGUGAAGUGCACUUGUUCUGAAACCACAGUGUUAGGGGGCGACAUGUCAGUGAUUUUAUUUGCUCAUGGGAAGUCCGCAGCAUUCGUGGCUUAACCGUUCUGUGGGAAAGAUGAUUUAAAUAUGUUAAAGUGCAAGAUGAAGCAUUCGGGAGACAAGAGGGCAAAAGGUGUGGGUGCUUUACAGGAAAGCUGCUUACAUCGCCCAUAGACCCAUCCCAUUUAUGUGAGUGACAGCCAGAGCAGACAGGGUGAGUGGGAGAAAGAGUCAAUGAGACAUAAGGACAGAUUGAGCGCAUACACACUUGUAGUUCAGAGCAUGAAGUGAAGUGUUUCGCUCUUCAGUUCAACACAGGGGUCAGUGGUCUCUGCUCGCAGGAUAAUCUCAUUUCGUGAAGACUUUUUCAUCUGAGCUCAAGGGUUCAAGGAAAUGCAAAGAAGGUAAGUUUUAUAUUUUCGUUUUCUGUUGUUGGGUUUGUUUUGACGUUUCUUCAGCAAGUAUGUCAGACAGGUGUUGUGCCAUUUUGAAGUUAUUAAAACUUUUCUUUCUAUUUCUUUAUGCUGAACUUUUUAUGCACAUUUUAUUGCUUUAGAUAAUACUGAAGUUGACUUCAAUGAUUUUAACUUGAUUGAAGUAUUGGAUUUGAAUUACAUUGUAUAUAAUAAAGGUUACAUCGAUUUUUCUUGAAAUGCUAAAUUUAUGCGCAUUUAUAUAUAAGCAUAUAAUUAAUAAUAAUUUCUGUAAAAAGUUUAAAAAAAAACACAUUCAAGUUUAAAUGUUGCUUCAUUAGAAAUGCAUUUCUGUGCAUGGCUAAUGGUCCAUUUAAAUUUCUGGUAUUGGUAUUAAGUAAUGUUUCUUAAUUGUUUUAAAUGCAAACUAGUCUAGAUGUUUAUCAUAAAUAUUGCAAAGUAAAUUAUUUUCAUUUAUUAUUUUUAUUUUCUUGCUAAAUUACUUUGAGGAUGCAUUUGUGUAGAAUGUUAUAGUUGUUAAUGCCACAGCUGAUGUCCCAUCUUUCCCUUCAGAAUUUGAGAAACUAUAGUUAAAGGAAAUGUGCUAGACAUUGCGGUAAAAGCAGGAUGUACUGUAUUUCGUUUAGAUACACAAAAUAUCACAAGAGGAAAGGGUUUUAUUAAAACCAUCGUCACACAUGAAAUACUAAAUCAUUAGACAUUAUACAACAAUAUUGCUGCAAUGACUUGUCAACCUCACCAGACAUUUCAACAAAGGAGUAAAAACAUUUUACAAAUAAUAAUAAUAACACCACUAACGGAAGCAAUAGGUGUCUAUGCCACUUCGUGGCUUGACCCCUAAUUAUCUAAAGACUGAAUUGGUCUUAAAUUUGCAUGUUUGUAAUAUACAGCUUUGUUAAAUUGCCCAUUUAUUUUUAAUUAAACGGCUAACAGUAUGUUUUCUCAUUAACAAAAGCAGUCAAAACCAUCUGGGAAAUAUCAUAAAAGUUACAUUUAUUAUUAUUACUAUUAUAUAGCAGGAUUGUUGUACAUCAGACAAAAUAAAAACGGGAAACCCAAAAUUGACGUUUUCAUAAAAAACACUAUGAGAAGAACCUCCAAACCUUUGGACGAAAUAAAUCAAUAAUUAGGCAAAUAAUACAUUAAGCUAUAUGGUAGUAAAACUGGCUGUAAAUACUACUAUAGAUACAAUGUAUCACUUUAUACAUUUAAGGAGUGUUGAAUGAGUCUUCCUGACAUUUGUGGUUAGGCCCCUGUCUUCGUUUACUGGAGAACAGGCUGCCUCCCAAAAGAUUGUCUUAUCAAGGGUUGACAUUACCGUUCGAAAACCCAGCUGAUAGGACAAAUCCAGCCCAACGAAACUUGACACACCAUGACAUUUGGAGGACGUUGGAAUGAAGAGAUCAAACAAUGUCAAACUAAAAAUCUUUACAUUUUAAAAUUUAAGUUUCAUCAUGGCAUCAUCCUCCAUCUAAUUCAACAUUUAAUAAAUAUUUUUUUUAAAUCAAUGAUAACAUUUAAUUAAUUUUCAACAUAGUAUUGGCACAUGAUCACAUCCUAUGUUACCUGCUGUAAGAGUGCUCAAGCUGUCUGUGUGUCUGUCUGAAAUGAUUCUUGUUGUGUUUUAGAUUGAUUCACUGCAUUAGGGGUCUGUCCUGAAUGUGUUCAGCAGUCAACGGUGUACUUCCCCUGAGGAUCAGUGAGGUGAAUAUCUACAUGAGACAGACUAUUGCUCACCACCUGACGAAGUAAACGUAUUCUGGACUGGCAAGCCCUAGAAGACCGCAUGGGGAGUUGUCUAUGUCUACCAAUGUCACUGGAUUGCGGGCACAUCGUUCUCCCCAGAAUUUGGAGAUGGACUUGGCCUGGCAGGAACUGAUGGCCAUCACAGAUCUUCAGGAGUUUGAAGUACCCAAUGAGAAUCCCUUUGAAGCAGUUCCGUACCUCUCCAUGGAGCCCAUGGUUUCUCAAGGGGGAUUUGGGAUGGGUCAACCUCAGGCAGAACCCAUUCCAGGAACGUCCGAUGCCCAUCCCGCGGGGGUUUACGAAAACUCGUACCCUGAAAUGAUGCCACCUUAUCAACGUCUGAAUCCACACAUGGAUAUGCACUAUGGACUCCCCGGUGGCCAUGUUUCAUCCCGAAUGUUCACAAAUACACAAGCUCUUCAUCCGCCGUCCAUGAGUUUUUUGGAGCAUAUGAACUUGACUACACGCAGCCAUGGGGUUGUCAAUCUUCAUAGCUCAGGACAAAUGAAACAAGCCGAUGAUCUAGAAUCAGACUCCGGAUUGUCGCUUGGUUCGAGUCCACCCCUAGCCUCCCCGGAAAACAUGCAUGGAGUACCUACUUACCUUCCUACAGAUGGAACAAUGUGCUACGCUGAAAAUGAAAGCAUGGGGGAACAGUGUCGCGUGAGGCCUCACCUGCUUGGGUCUGUUGACUACCAGCAGUCCUACGGCUCUUAUCCCGGAGCUUCAUUUUCCACAUCUGCGAAUAUACAACCUGUUACCCGCCAUGGCCAAGCUCACCAGCCAAUGGCAACAAUAAAGCAACCGAUUUUACCCACAGCCCUGCAUGACUUUCAGAUAAACGGGUCAAGUUUAUCUAAAGUGGGUUCAUAUCAGCCUCCUUACCCAAAGCCAAAAGCGAGCAGCGUCUCCACACCUAUGAGCAGAGAUGAGCGGCGAGCCUUCGCUCUAAAAAUCCCAUUCUCUCCUGACAAGAUCGUGAACUUACCAGUGGAUGACUUCAAUGAGCUGUUGACCCAGUUUACACUGAACGAUGCGCAGUUGGCACUUGUUAGGGACAUUCGCCGCAGAGGAAAAAACAAGGUUGCGGCUCAGAACUGCCGCAAACGGAAGUUAGAGAAUAUUGUGUUUUUGGAGAGCGAGUUGGGACAGCUUAAAGGCCAAAGAGAGCAUUUAACCAGAGAGAGACUGGAGUUUCAGCAAAACAUAGCCAUUAUCAAAUGCCGUCUGUCAGAUCUUUACAACCAAGUGUUUUCACAGCUGCGGGAUGAGGAAGGGCAGCCUUACUCGCUGGAUGAAUACUCACUACAACAGACUAAUGACGGCAAUAUUUACUUGGUACCACGCAACACAGUGCUGGAGAGUAAACGAGCGGUCCAAUGAAAGGUUCGAGAUGGUGUUUAAAAUAUGUAACUUGAAUGGAUAGUUCACCCACAAAUAAAAGUUGUCAUCAUUUGUAUACCUGCUUGUUUAAACUCUGUAUAUGACUUUCUUCUAUGAAAUGCAAAAUAAGAUAUUUUGAGAAAUGUCUCAUGGUUUUGUGUCCUUGCAUUGGAAGUCAAUGGGGGACAGUGAUGUUUGGUUAAUGUUUUUCAAAAUAUGAACUUUUGUGUUCUGCAGAAGCAAAGAAUGCCGUACAGGUUUAGAAUGAUACAAAAAUAAAUGAUUAAAGUUUGGGCAAACUGUCCCUUUAAACCUGUGGAAAGGGGUUAAAAGUUCCAAGUGCCCAAAAACUCACAUUUGGCAUAUUCUUACAAACCAUAACAGUGUAUAGUUGCAGAACGACAGAGUUAGUUUCCAUGCUACAAUAAACUUGUCAGGAAGAACAGAUUGAAGAAAUACUACAAACGUAACUUGUUUAAUUAUUGAGAAAAGUGAGGGCAAACGUCCAACAUGUUUUAGCAGCAAUCUAAUUUUCUCCACAAUUAGGUCUCGUCUAAUUCAACAUGUGCUUGCAUUUGAUGUAGACCAUGCAAGAAUUAAAACAUCACACAUUAAAGACAAGGAAUCAGUGUAAUGCACUUAAAAGGUUUCAUCGCUGCAAGCAUUCAGUAUACAACUUGACAAAUAAGGCGCCACAUCAUUUAUAGCAUUAAAAAGUUUUAUUUGUAAAAAAAUAAAAUCCUUUUCAAAGCUGCAUCUUGGUCCUAGAAAGAGAAACAAUAGCAGAAAAGUUUAACAAUAGAACUACAUCGAGGCAGAUUACGAGGAGUACCUUUCAUCACUUCACCAGUUUAGACAGACAAAUGCCCAUCCACUAGAGAUUUUCACUCAGAUCCUAAAUGAUAAAGGCAAGUGUUAGAAUUAGAAAGUCCAACACCACACUAGCAAUGCGUUAAGAAAUUAUGUGCACCAAGUGACUAUGCCAACUGUAUUUACACCGCCAUCACAACACUGAAUGGGAAGUCGAGUUACUGUACAGCUUUUGAUGUAGACCAUGCAAGAAUUAAAACACACAUUAAACAUAAGGAAUCAGUGUAAUGCACUUAAAGGUUUCAUCGCUGCAAGCAUUCAGUAUACAACUUGACAAAAAAGGCAACACAUCAAUUACAGCAUUAAAAAGUUUAUUGGUAAAAAAGGUAAAAACGUAAAAAACAAAAUCCUUUUCACAGCCGUGUCUUGGUCCUAGGAAGAAAAACAAUAUCAGAAAAGUUUUCCAACAAUAGAACUACAUUGAGGCAGAUCAUGAGUACCUUUUAUCACUUCACCAGUUUAGACAGACAAAUGCCCAUCCACUAGAGAAUUUCACUCUGAUC